CUGCAACAACGCCAAGACACACUCAUUAUGGCAUUAAGAUUUUUAUCCCAAAAGGUGGCUCAAGCUGUCGAUGAAGAGCUCAUGUCAGUACAAGGUGGUUUCUCUAUUGAUCAACUCAUGGAACUAGCUGGUCUCAGUGUAGCUCAAGCUGUUCAAAAAUCUUUUGACGUGUCAAGUCACCAACGGAUUCUUGUAUGUGUUGGUCCAGGAAACAAUGGUGGUGAUGGACUGGUGGCUGCUCGACAUCUUUCACAUUUUGGAUAUAAGCCAGCAUUAUAUUAUCCCAAGCAACCUAACAAGGAUUUAUAUCGACGACUGUUACGGCAAUGUGAAAACCUUGGCACAACCAUGGUGGAGAACGACCAAUUGGAGCAACACAUGGAUCAAACAGAUGUGAUUGUGGAUGCGAUCUUUGGGUUUAGUUUCCAUGGUGAUGUGCGUGAUCCCUUCAAACAAGUGAUUCGCGCCUUUCAAUAUACAAAAAAACCUAUUGUCUCGGUGGAUAUUCCUUCUGGAUGGGAUGUGAUGAUGGGACCUACAGAACAAGCCGCUUUUCAACCUCAUGUCUUGGUGUCUCUAACUGCUCCCAAGGAAUGUGCUUCUCAUUUCAGAGGUCAACAUCAUUUUCUCGGUGGUCGUUUUGUAUCUCCUGCUUUGGCUGAAAAAUUCCAAUUUGAUAUUCCAAACUAUCAUCAAGCUGAUCAAGUCGUAGAAAUCUAGUCUAGAUUUUUUUUUUUGGUGUUUUAUUUUAGUAUAUUCUUUUCUUUUCAUUUGUUAUUAAUAAAUAAACAAUCUAGCGCUUCACUAUUA